ACGGACACUUGGGGCGGGGGUGGGGUAACAGUUGUGUAAACCAUUUUUUGUGACAUCCGCACUGAACGUCCUCUGCUACCAAUGAACGGCGUCAAAGGGGCUCGCCUCAACAUAGGCCAAUGAUUUCCGGCUCAGCGAUUCUCAAAGGGACCGGUUUUGUCCAGUGCAUCAGACCACUACAUAUCACGAUCAUUGUCAACAUGCCUAUCAAGGUUGGGGAUAAGCUUCCUGCUGUGGAGGUUCAGGAGAAUGAGCCAGGCAAUAAGGUGUCUAUGGACCAGCUGUUCAAGGGGAAGAAGGGAGUUCUCUUUGCUGUGCCAGGGGCCUUCACUCCUGGGUGUUCCAAGACUCACCUUCCAGGCUUUGUGGAGCAGGCAGCAGAGCUGAAGUGCAAGGGUGUACAGGAGGUCGCCUGCGUCUCCGUUAACGACGCAUUCGUUAUGGCUGCCUGGGGAAAGGAACAUGGAGCAGAAGGCAAGGUGCGAAUGCUAGCUGAUCCUACUGGAGAAUUCACUAAGGCAGUGGACCUGUUGCUAGACAACGAUCAGAUUGUGGCUGCGCUUGGAAACAAGCGCUCCCAGAGGUACGCUAUGGUGGUGGAGGAUGGAGUUGUGAAGAAGAUCAACGUGGAGCCUGACGGCACCGGCCUCAGCUGCAGCCUGGCUUCCAACAUGCUCUCUGAGCUGGUGUAGGCCCAUUGGGACCAGAGCACUCCAACCACAGAAGUCUAACUUUAUUUACUACUCACUAUCAUUCUGAUGUGCUCAAGACUGCAAAGAGGUGUGCUGUUUUUUUCCACCGGGCUUGGGGACUUUAUGGAUGAUGGCAGGGCAGUCCUACUUGACGUCAGUACUGGCUGCUCAGGGAGAUUGUCUAAAAAUAUAGCAGAAUUUAAACGCACAAUUAAGCUGAAUGGCACUUAAAUCCUAUCCUUUCUGUAUACUUUCAAAUCUGUUACCUAAUAAAAUGUCCUGCCAGAGCAAUAA